AUGAAGAAAAACGUAACUGGAGAUGCACUAUGCAGGGAUUGCUUUUUUCACGCAUUCGAAUUAGAAGUCCACAACACAAUCAUUAAUGGACAUUUAUUCAAGAAAGGUGAUAAAGUUGCUAUAGGUGCAUCUGGAGGAAAAGACUCAACAGUACUUGCAUACAUUUUAAAACUAUUGAACGAACGCUAUAAAUAUGGACUUGAUCUGGUUCUUUUAUCGAUCGAUGAAGGAAUAACGGGAUACAGAGACGAUAGUCUCGAAACAGUUAAAAGAAAUAGGGACGACUACGAAAUGCCUUUAAAAAUUGUAUCGUACAAAGAUUUAUACGGCUGGACCAUGGACGAAAUAGUAAAAGAGGUAUGUAUAAAUUCACAUUUUCAUAUGUUUUUUCCCAAAAUACAGAAAUUAUUGCCGCUUGAAAACUAUGCCUGAAUGAAAAAGAUUGUUGAGGAAAAGGAGACAAUAUUAAAAAAAUUAAGCAUCUUAAUUUAUUUUACA